ACUUGUAGUAGAAACAGCCUCACAUGUUGAAAUAUAAUCUGAAAGCUGCAAAACAACUUGAAUACACAGAAAAACAGGAAGAGUAUUGCUCAAUAGGGAAGAGCAAAUUGGAAUAAACACCAUUGGCUGUUCUGAUUUCAUUUUCCAACCAGGGUUCCCACCUGCCUAAGCCGCCUUCUUGCUUAGAACAACAAUUUCCAGAAAGCAUUGCAAACCUAAUAGAAAUGGCAAACAGCUGGUUCCCUUUGUGGAGGAUGGAAGCACUUAAGUCAUUGCCUGUGGUUUUGAAUAAAUGCCCCAUCUACUGCUUUGGAAUAGCUGCUUGAUGAUUUUAUCCUUCCAAGGGCUGGACCCUUUCCUGGUUCUAUGGGAAGUUGGGAAGAACCUCAGCACACCAGUGUGGACCUCUCUCACUUAUCCUUGAGCUGCCUAUAGUCUGAAGCUAUAUUUGGGAGGUGGCGCAUGGAGAACCAAAACCCAACAGGCCCCCCAACAGGGGAGGAAACAGAAGAUGGCCCUCAUGACUUCCAGGGGACUGCACUCCUCAGUGAUCGUACAGCACUCUUGGCUACUUCCAAACAAGGCAGUAAAGCACACCAAUCUAAAAAAGAAAGGGAUGUGAGGUACCUCACAAGACAACAAACACUUUGUGGAGCACAGAAAACAUAUAGAUGCUCAGUGUGUGGCAAAACCUUCAGGAGCUGCUCACACCUUAGUAGACACAAACUAAUUCACACAGGAGUCAAACUAUAUGUGUGUUCUGUGUGUGGAAAGACCUUCAGAUAUCUCCAAACCCUUACUCAACAUGAAAGAACGCACACAGGAGUGAAACCAUAUACAUGCGAGCAGUGUGGAAAGAGCUUUUUUCUUAUCCGAUACCUUGUUAUCCAUUCAAGAACCCACACAGGGGAAAGGCCAUACACAUGUGAGCAGUGUGGAAAGAGCUUCAUUCAUAACACUGAUUUUACUAGACAUCAAAGAACCCACACAGGGGAGAAACCAUAUAUGUGUUUACACUGUGGAAAAAGCUUUGCUCAGAAACAGAAUCUUGCUAGACAUCAAAGAACCCACACAGGGGAGAAACCAUAUACUUGUCCGCACUGUGGAAAAAGCUUCACUCGGAAACAUCAUCUUGCAAGACAUCAAAAAACCCACAAAGUGAAGAAACCAUAAUCCUGCUUGGAGGGUGGAGAGACACACCAACUGUUCAUACACAUGAAGGAAACCAUCAGAGAGACAUUGUCCAAAUACCUGCACUGCAGUGAGUGCAUUGGUGAUGAUAUGAACCUUUUAAAAAAUUUUACUGUUAAUAUUUAUGUUUUAACAGAAAUGUAAACAAUUGAGACAAUUGGAGUGUGGAAACAACCGCAGUCUCAUCACAUAAUUCAUUUCACAUCAAGGAUUCCACACAGGGGUUAGGCACUGUGGAAAAAGCUACACUCGGAAACAGCAUCUUGCAAAACAUCCGAGAACCCAUGAAGUGAAGAAACCAUAGACAUGUUUGGAGGGUGGAGGGAGUUUCUGUCACUAAUCAAGCCUUCAUGAACAUGAAAGAAGACACAGAAGAGAGACAUUGGACAAAUGUUCAUACUCCAGAAAGAGCUUUGCUGAUAAAACAAGCCUUAAUGAACGCAAGAUGAUGUACAGAGAAGAGGAAACCCCUUGACUACUUGGGCUGCAGAAAGAGUCUCAGUGUCACAACACCUGCUGCUUUCCCCUUCAAGAAGUCCACACAGGUAAAAUUCCAGUUGGUUUGUCUUAUAUGGUCAGGUUGGGGCAUUCUUUGAGUGUCCUAUAUUUCUGAGCCUUGGAAGCUUCAGGGUCUGGAGCACUUUUAAGGGGUUGCUCAGUGAGGAACUCCAUGGACUUUUAUCAUGUUUGGUGGUUUUAAUUGUGUCUUUUAGUGCGCUGGGUUCAGUGUUUCCAAAUGCUUUGAUUAAAGGUGGGUUGGGGGGAUGUGAUAAGUGAAGCUUUUUCCAUUGGUGGAGUAAUUGCAGCUACAAUUUUCUGGGAGAUCUGAGAUUUCUACCAAUAGAGAAGACCCAUUAAUAAGAUUGCAUUGAAGGCUGUUCUGUCAAUUGAAUAGGCCAAUUGUCAAACUAUACCAGAUAUUACAUCUGAUCAUAUCCCCAGUUCUGAAUUCACAAGGAAGAAAAGAAAAGUAGAAAACAUUUUCUCCUCCAGCAUUCAGCUGCAUUCGAACAGAUAUAUUUGCUGCUUCCUACAUUUUUAAAAUAUAUGUAUAUCAAUAUUUGAAUGUAUUUGCUAUACUUAUAAAUAAAGUUGGUUGUGUAUUUUCUCA